CUUGGUUUGGCUCCACCGGCCACCCAAAGGCGGCCAGCGACGAGCCGCCGGCAUGGGGCCCGCUGAGGAACUGGUCCGGAUUGCCAAGAAACUGGAUAAGAUGGUGGCCAGGAAGAGCACGGAAGGGGCACUGGAUCUCCUCAAGUCCCUCACCGGCUACACCAUGACCAUCCAGCUGCUCCAGACCACGCGCAUCGGGGUGGCCGUCAACUCGGUGCGGAAACACUGCUCGGAUGAAGAGGUGGUGGCCUCGGCCAAAAUCCUCAUCAAGAACUGGAAGCGGCUGCUGGAGUCCUCCACCGCCCCAAAGAAGGAGAAAGACGCCGAUGGGAAGAAGGAGAAGGACAUGGAUGUGGAAAAGGAGAAGAAGGAGAAGAGGCUGGAUUUUCCCAGCUGCCCCAAUGAAGGGGUGAAGCACCCCAAGAGCUCGGCCGAGAAGCACAAGGAGAAGCACAAGGAGAGGAAGCCCAGCAAGUCCAGCUCUCAUGCCACCACCCCUCGGGGCCACCCUGGUGACUCCAGCCUGGAGAGAGAGUCCAGCAACGGCCGGAGCCCCACUGCGUCCUCCAAGAAGUCACCUCCAGAUGGCAAAAAAGAGAGGAGAGACUCUGCCGACUCGAGGUCCUCCACCACCUCGGCCACCUCCUCGUCCUCCCCACAGAAGAGACCAUCAGGGGAGCGGAGAGCCUCUGUGGGCACCAGCCCCUCGCCAGCUCCCACCGGCUCCCGGAGAAACUCCAGCGACAGCAAGGAGGAAAGAGCCAACAGCAGCAAGGCCAAACCAGAGACGCCACGGACCCCCACCAGCCCCACCUUCUCCCCCAGCCCCUGCUUCCUGGCCCCCUGUUACCUCACGGGGGACUCGGUGAGGGACAAGUGCAUCGAGAUGUUGACGGCCGCCCUCCGUAUGGAUGACGACUACAAAGAGUUCGGUGUCAACUGUGAGAAGAUGGCAUCAGAGAUCGAAGACCAUAUCUUCCAGGAGCUGAAGAGCACGGACAUGAAGUAUCGCAACCGGGUGCGGAGCAGGAUCAGCAACCUCAAGGACCCCAAGAACCCCAGCCUGCGGAGGAACGUGCUGUGUGGGGCCAUCCCCCCCAGCCUCAUCGCCCGCAUGACUGCCGAGGAGAUGGCCAGCGAUGAGCUGAAGCAGCUGAGGAACGCCAUGACCCAGGAGGCCAUCCGGGAGCACCAGAUGGCCAAGACGGGUGGCACCGUCACCGACCUCUUCCAGUGCGGCAAGUGCAAGAAGAAGAACUGCACGUACAACCAGGUGCAGACACGCAGCGCCGAUGAGCCCAUGACGACAUUCGUGCUGUGCAACGAAUGUGGCAACCGCUGGAAGUUCUGCUGACGGCGGCCAGCGAUGGGGCUGGAGGGGACGCGGUGCCAGACGGGAUGCUGUGAUGGCCACAUCGGGCAGCCAGGGUGGGGAGGGAGGGUGAGGGGGUGGCACCAGUCCCUGCGUCCCAGCUCCCUGCUUCCUCGCACUGGGGGUCCCUUGAACAUCCCAGGGAGCUGGGCUCCGGCCACAGGGGGGUUCGUUGGGGAAGACCCCAGUGAAUUCAAACAGUUCCUCCCUGUAAACGCCUUGGGAUGUGCUGGGAGCCCACUGGGAACGGGCACAUCCCUGGAAAUGGGAGACUGGUCCGACCUUGCCCUUCCCUGGAGGAAAGCUGGACUAGGAAGAUCUGGGGACAGGAGGGACGUCGCCCCGUGGAUGUGGGGCUGGGGGUGAGAAAGGGCCAGGUUUUGCCCCCCUCGAUACGUUCUUCUUCACCGAAGCGCACGCAGCGGGAGGACAUGGAGGGAGGCAGAGUGGUUGCAGCCGUGUCUGGAUGCCAGAGGGAUGCCACCCUGUCCCUCUGCUCUGUGACACACGGACCUGGCUUGAGGGCACUGUGUCCCUAGAAAAGAAGAAGAAGGGAUGGGAGGGGGAGAGGAGUGAGGAAAAAACUCUCCAGCCAGAGCAAUAAAGGUGUGAACACCC